UGAAAAUAUGGCUACCGAAACUUGACGUUGUGGCAGAAGAAGUUAUUAUUUAUAAUUUCCACAAUGUAUUUCCCUCUAGGAUGGCCAAAAUUUUUGAAAAAUCUACAGAAGGGUUCAAAGCCAUUACAGUAUGUUAUAAGUAGUUGUGACCGAAUGCUGUUUGCUAUCAUUACAGAGGAUACCCUUAGUAUUUGGUACAGCAAGCCCUCAGUACAGAUAGUCAGCUACAUACAUCCUUACAAAGAAACUGUCUCAGAGGGGACCUUCAAAUUGGUGGAAUGGAAGCCAGAUUCCUCUAUGAUAGCUGUUCUGACCUCAAAGUUAACACUCCUGUUCUUCAAAGUGGAGCUGGAUGUAUCUGUGCCAAACCACCAUUGUUUGUAUGUUCAACAUGAGGGCAAAAAUCAGACCCCCAAGCGGGACAUCAAUGGGAUCCCAGACAGUGACAGCAUCCCAGCCAUCAGGGUCACACUGGUGGCCAAAAUGCAGCUCCCUGCCAACAUCACUUGCUGUUUGUGUGUUCGAGAGGAAAUUAUGGUGGCUACAGAAGAAGGCUCUUUACAUCGCAUCAAGUGGAAUGCCUCUGUAAAUCAAAAGGCUUCAUUUCAUAUACGUGGGUUUCCUGCUUCGUUGGACUUCCAUCAAACUAAAGCUUGUAAGUUGACAGAAGAAGAUGGCUGUGUCCAGCAGAUGGAAUACAGUCCAAUCAUUGGCGGUUACACCCUGGUGCUUUCUAGUGGAAAGGCUUUGUUUGUUAUUCCACCCUCCAUAAAGGUGGAAAACAGUGUGCCCCAGGGAGUCUGGGUGACAGGGCUGACGGACGCCACCUGUGUAGCUGUCAAUCACAGGUACCGCUUGAUGGCCUUUGGAUGCAAGAGUGGGAUUGGUGCUGUAUAUGUGAUCAAUGAAGUGGAGGGCACAAUAGAACUGUCUUACAAGUUACACGUCUCCAGUAAAGAUUACCCAGAUGCCUGUCAGAAAGCAGGUCCUGUAAAAUGCAUGAAGUGGACACCAGAUGGCACUGCUGUAGCGGUCUGCUGGAAGAAUGGUGGCUUCUCCUUGUGGAGUGUGUUUGGUGCCCUGCUGCUUUGUUCACUUGGUGGAGAUCUGUAUCCAAGUGACAGUCCAAAGUUGUUUCCACCACCUGUCUUAUCUAUGGAAUGGGGUCUGGAGGGCUACCAGUUAUGGAUUGUUUGUCAGGAGGAACAGGGUGUCAAUGGCUUUGCGGAGACAGAACAGGAUAAUCACAGCAUUACCAAUGUGAUGCAGCUGCAGUUUGUCAAAAGUGCUCUCACUGUUAAUCCAUGUGUAACAAAUCACGAACAUGUUUUCCUGCAAGGAGAGGACAGACUAUACAUGAGCAUAAGUGAUGGUUGUGCCUCCCAGAAUGGUGGUUGUCAAGACAGCAGCCAAUCACUGAUGUCAAUAGGAAACAAAAUCUGGCAAAUCAUCCCCAUUUCUCACACUUACCUGGGUGCUAACUGGCCAAUCAGGUAUGCAGCGGUGGACAAGACGGGUCAGUGUGUGGCCGUGGCUGGUAAGACGGGGCUGGCUCAUUACACAUUCUCCACCCGAAAGUGGAAACUGUUUGGCAACGAAACACAGGAAAAGGAUUUGGUUGUGUCUGGAGGGAUGACAUGGUGGAAGGAUUUUAUCUGUGUGGCUUGUUACAACAUUAUUGGGCAAAGGGACGAGAUCCGCUGUUAUCCAAAGAACACUAAGUUAGACAACACAUUUGCUGUGAUCACCAAGGUUCCCUCUCAGAUUCUGCUGCUCAACACGUUCAGAGAUAUUCUCAUCAUCUUCUGCAUAGAUUCUCAUAUUAUGUUGUACAACAUGGAGCGAAAGAAUUCUCAAAAAAAUCCUCUGAUGGAGUUAAUUAAGAUCCAGGAGGUGUCCCUGGGGAACUAUAUCCCCCACCCUGUGUGUGUAUCGGGGCUGGCUCUCACCUCCCUCAGGACAGAGAAAUUUGGAAGUCGAUCAGCCCAGCCCAGCAGAGACUCUGAGUGCUUGUUGCUUAAUGUUGCUGGAAAGUUGCUGAUGUUUCAGAGAGAUGAACCAGGGGCACAGGUCCAGGCAAAACAAAAUAAAGCCAAACCUCAAUCCUUUGGAGCUCCAGCUGUGGUUGCAACUAAUGUAGAGAAUAUGUGGUCCACUUCUCGGACAAAUCAGAGUAAAUCCCAGCUGAUGGAGGCACUGUGGCUAGGCUGUGGGGCCCAGGGGAUGAAGGUGUGGUUACCUUUAUAUCCUAAACAUGAAGGCAAAACUCACAACUUCAUGUCGAAGCGCAUCAUGCUGCCAUUCAGGGUAGACAUAUAUCCUCUAGCUGUUUUAUUUGAGGAUGCUGUGAUAUUAGGGGCAGCCAGUGAUGGUGUGACUUACAAGCCUCCCAGUGAAGAUACAAAGAAAUCAGUCCAAAAUCUUCCCUUCUGUAUCGUGGAGAGAACUAGUCAAAUCUACCUUCACCACAUACUAAGACAACUUCUUCGGCGAAAUUUGGGAGUGAAUGCCUUGGAUUUAGCCAGAUGUUGUACAGAAUUGUCCUAUUUCCCACAUGUCCUGGAGUUGUUGUUGCAUGAAGUUUUAGAAGCUGAGGCCACAUCAAAAGAGCCUAUUCCUGACCCUUUGCUGCCCAGAGUCGUUGCCUUCAUUCAGGAGUUUCCAGAAUUUCUACAAACAAUUGUUCACUGUGCUAGGAAAACAGAGGUUGCUCUGUGGCCCCAUCUGUUCUCUGUGGUUGGUAACCCCAAAGAAUUGUUUGAGCAAUGUAUCGUGAGUGAGGAGUUGGAGACUGCUGCCUCGUAUCUCAUCAUCCUACAGAAUUUAGAGCGGCCAAUCAUUAGUCGACAGCAUGCUACUUUGUUACUGGAUCAAUCACUUGAGAGGGGAAAGUGGGAUCUUGCUCGAGAUCUAGUCCGCUUUUUGAAGGCAAUCGAUCCUUCAGAGGCCAGUACCCCUCCGAUUUUGACCUCCUCGAGGACUCCCUCCUCCAAGUCCUACCACUCCGGGGUCCCUAGUCCUCCCAUCAUGCCCUCGGAGGCAGACGGGUUCAGUUUCUCCACUGUCAGUAACGUUAGUAAUGUUAGCAAUGUCAACAGGCUGCGAAGCUCCAGCAUGACAGGGGCAGAUUACUCAGAAAAUGUGCCAAAGGGGAGCAAACCCAAACUCAAGCAUACCUUCUCCGAUAAUAUAUUCAGUGUCAAAAAACCACCACCCAAGCCAAAGGAAGAAGGGGCUCCAGAUCAGAUGUACAUAGAUAUGAUUCUCUGUCGGCAUUGUCGUAAACUUCUGGAGACAAAUCAUUUACGGGACAUGGGGUAUUUUAGUGCCAACACAGAGGACUUUCAUCUAGUCUCAUUUCUGAAAAGAGAGAGGUUAAAGGGUGCAAAAGUUGAGGAUUUUGUCAGAGCAGUGAAAGAUAUUCACCACCAGUUUGAGUGGCCUCUUCCCAUUUUAUCAUAUCAUGUUUUCCAGCAGCUCAAGAAUAAAACUUUCUCCACUUCGAGUCUGGCUUCCUUAUCUUUGUUGGAUGCAGAGAACCUCCCCACGGUCAAUGUAGGGGCACACAACAAUGACACAGAGUACCAUAGGUACUUAGGGACCCUACAGUCCCCCUCCCCACUCAACUUAUCCCAGAACCUGUCUAAUGAUGUAGAACUAAAGCCCCAGGUCAUCAAAACUGAAGAAAGCAGUCUUGCCACCACCCUGGAUAUCUCGGACACCAGCUCUCUGCUUGGAGAACUAGACUACAUGACUGAGUCCUCUUCCCAGGACACUCUGUCCCCAGAGCUGGAGAUUCUGUCCCAGGAGAUGGCCAAUAAAGGACCCCGCCAGUCAGAAAUGGAACUCAGGUACCUGCUGCAAAUUCUAUUGGAGGCCGGUUGUCUGGAGUGGGCGCUGAUUAUCUCCCUUGUGCUGCGUGACGUGGAGGCUGUGGUGAGGACUGUGAACACCGCCAGCAUGACGGACACGCCCCUAGAGAUGGUGGCCAGGAUGAGGGAGGGAAUCUCAUACUUGGAACUCUGGGCAGACACUGAGUGCCUGGGGUAUAAACCAUUCCUACACUUCAUAAGAAAGCAGAUUCAGGUGUUAGGGAAGCUUGCAGAACAAACUCCUCCGACAUUACAGCUGAGUACCUCUGUGAUGAACGAUGAGAGCAGUGACAGUGAACAGCUGUCCCCGGUGUUACAGACAAUUCACACCAAGAACCCAGACAGCUCCCCUGAGCUUAGCCCCACUCAGCCACGCGAUCCAGCUAAAGCCAGUGAAUGUGCGAUAUCUUGAGUUAAAACACUGAAAAACAGUGAGGUGGUCAGUAAUAGCUGGAAUACAGCAUCUUGUCAAAGCUUUUAAUGUGGAGGAACUAGUCCGGUUUUUUUUUUCCAUCAGAGUUUGAUAUCUAUGUCAUUCUCAUUGGAUGGACAAAAGAUGUCAAGUUGCAUUUUUUAUGUGAGGAUAAUCAAAAUAAUGUUCUGUGGGUUAUUGCUCAUAAAAUAAGCAGAGCUGUUUCAGCCAAUCACCAGCACAUCAUGAACAUUAACAGGUUUUCUAUCCAAUCAGUUUAAAGAAGAAAGAAACUGGCAUAAACUUCUUAUCCAAUCAGAUGCGAGAUCUACAGGUAGUUGACAAGCUAUCCAAUCAGAGUGACAGGCUCCAGAAAACAACAGAAAAAAGCCGGUGAAGAACUCAUCAUACGGUUACAAAUCUUACCACAGAAGAAGGAAGAUUUGAAUGAAAAAUUGAUGAGAAAUGAAUCACCUUAAAGUUUUAUAUCAUCAGAUUUUUUUAUAUGCAGCAGAGCUGUUCUAAAGACUAUCAUUAAGAGUUUUAAUCAUUGACAGAUUUUUAAUAUCAGAUGUAUUAUAUACAUGUUGCACAUUUAGUGUUCUGUAUUUAUGCAGGACAGUUUUAAAUUAUUUUCAUGCUUAACUUUACUAGCAGAUUAUCUCAUUGAUUUCACAUACAUGUAUGUGUAUGUGCAUAUGAACCACCUAUAAAAGAUUUGAUAAUCUGACACUGAAUAAGAUGCAUUUCAUUCAGACCUCUAUGUGUUCCUUUAUGUUAGGAAUUUUUUUUAAAAAAUCAUUAUGUCAGGGAUAGUUUGAUAUUUGUUUGAACAAAAUGAGAGUGUUGAGAUGAAGUGCUGAUAAGUGUCAUAAGAAGUCAAUGUGCCAUAGAUUUAUCACCGGGAAAGUGUCAGGCUUUCAUUGAAUUUGAAGAAAAUUGAUAGACAACAUACAGGAUGUGCUAUGCUUGCAGCAAUUGUGUUAAAAUUUGCCAAAAGUUAGAUUUCAGUAUUAUGUUGCAAUAUCUGUUUAACAACUUUUUUUCAAUAAUUUUCAGUGUGAAGCAACAUUUUUUUCUCAAUAUGCUUACUAGACUCUAUAGCAUCAUUUAUGAGAAAUUUUUCGUGUGCAUCAUAGUAACUGAAUUUAGAUAGACAAAUUUUAUUUUUUUAAAAUUUUUUUUUAUUAUCUUAUUAGUUUUUCUGUGGUUCAAACUAACGAGUCUUAUAAGUAAAACAUUUCUUAGUGUAUACAUCCAAAGUGAAAACUGUCAGUGGUUACGAUAUGGUUGUAUUUUCUAUAAAUGUGUCAGAUUUCAGAAAUUUCAGAGAGAUAAUUUACGUUCUGUAAUUAGUCGAUUAAAUGUGCUGUAGGUUGUGUACAAUGACGGCUCUUCUACCAGUGAGAUUAUCUUGGAUCUGUAACUUGAUCCUCAUCACUAUGUCCAUGUUUUUAUUUGUUUAAUAAUUUAUAUGACCUCAAUGUUGCCUCAGAACAAAACGUUUAAAUGUUGUAUCACUGCAGGAAUUUAUGUGGAUGAAAGUAUAAAACAGUUCUCUUCUCUUUUUGUGCUAUGCUGUAGCAGCAAUAGCAGUAUUUUCAGUGAUAUCAGAGAUCUGAACAUAACAAUAUUUGCAGUUGCAUUCAGUAGCACUCAGCACAUUUACAGUGUAAUGUAAGGCUAAUAUACACGCAUUGGUUUCAUUUUAAUUCAAUUGUUACCAGCUUUUUGUGAUAUCAUAAUCUUUUAUUUAUGUUGAUUUUGUUGAUUAUGAAAUGUCAGUUACAUAUGUACAUGUAUUACAAGUAUUUCAGGAAUGGGCAUUACGUUUCAGUCAUUAGAGGAAUACCAUACCAACAGUUCAGGGUAGCUAAACUCAAUGCAGUGAGACAUAAGAACAUUCGUGUAGGAUAGCAUCUCUAUUUUUCAGAGAAUAAAAUUUCAGGAUCUGAUUGUCCAUGACAACGUGAAAAUUUGAAAGUUUGCUCAGAAUUAUUUAUUCACACAGACUUCACUAUGUUCGAAUCGGUCAACUAAUAUGGAAGCUCACUUCUAUUAUGUUCAAACAUAAUUGUACACUUCAAAAACAAUAUCAGAUUUACUGUGGAAACUUAUGAGACAUCUAAUACAAUUAUAUAAUGUAUCCUUGAUUCGUUUUCUGCCAAAAGAAAUAAAGACAUACAGGUGCUGUUGUAUUAAGUGUAUAAUGUAUAGACAAAGUCUUAUUUUUUAAUGUACAUUAUGCUUGAAAUCAUAAUUCUGUGUUAUUUUCUGUUUUAAGAUUUCUGUAUUUUGGCAACAUUUCUUUUGUUCCGUUUAUAGGAGAAAUAAAAGAUUUGCUUGUUAGGGAAUGAGAUGCAUCUUUCUGACACAGAUGGUCAUUAUAGCAUGUACCAUUCAUUCUCAUAUAUUUUCUGUUGUUGAUUUUGCCUUGACAAUUGUGAUAUUAAUACAUGUGCAUUGUGCAAACGUUUUAUAGGCAUUGGAUCAAUCAUUAUUGUACAGUAUAAUUAUAAAUAAACAACAAAAUAUAUAAAA